ACGUUACCAUUGUGUUGUACUUCUAUACACACAAGCCCACCCCAGGUAUGCCCCAGGUAUAUGGCUUAAUGAGCGACUACAAAGAGCUCCUUUGUACAAUUCGCCAAUGUCAACAUGUUCUCGAUUUAUACCUGAAAUCGACGGGCGAAACGUACGUAACACACCUUUGCGUUGUACAUGUAGAAGCCUAUGCACGGCGUGUAGUUUGUAGGAAAGGAAAUCACUCAAGCGCGUCUUACCUGUCUGACGGACGAAUUCAGAAGUGGGCCUCCAUUUUCGUAAAAUUAACGAAAACAACUCUAUUUUUGAUUAAUGCGAAGUUUUCGAAGAUGUUGCUAUCUGUCAGGAAAGUGUUUGUGACGCUACUUUCAAUCGUGGCAUUAUUCGCGAUUGGAUUACUGAGCACGUUACAUGUUGGACAAGGCUUGAAGAACUUCCUCCAAUGGUCAGCACCAUUAAGUGUGCCACUAAGCAAAUCGGGCAGAAAGAAGUACCCGGAUACAACACCGAUAGGUUUCCCAUUAAAGGAGUCGGGUAGAAGGUUAUACAUCGCGCACGUGGACCGACUGAAGCUCAGUAACAGCUCUACGGCUGGUUUGACAGCGCAUUAUGAUCACUCAACAAUUCCUACACCUCCAUUGACAAUGGCACAGAUGUUUGAGUCACGACGCGUUACUCUACAGGAAGCUUGUGCUGAAGAGUUUAACAAUAGUGUGAAAACAACAGGACGGGCUCCAUCAUUCUUUUAUUCUCGAACAGCAAAGUUAGCUUGCUGUAGAACUCCAAAAACUGGAAGUUCAUUUUGGGGGACAGUCAUCUUAGCGAUCGAAUCUAAAAAAAACGCCGAUGAUACAUUUCAUACCAACCGGAACUCUGUCCACAACAGGAACCUAAUUGGAAUGCAGCAAUUUCGAAACUUGACUCAAGAUUCACUAAGAUUGAUGGUUUCCCGCGAGCCCUACACUCGACUGUUCUCCGCUUACGUCGAUAAGUAUUUCCUGCUUGGAGCUCUUGGUCGACAAAUUAAAAACGCAUUAAAGAAGGGACCAUUUAUGAUGAAUGGAGGACCAUGUGGCUAUGCCGUGUCAUUUGUAGAUUUCUUAAAUUUUGUUACCGAUAAUGCCCUCAAAGGAGCAGACUUGAACGAGCAUUUUAUGCCAAUUGUUAAACUCUGUGAUCCUUGCAGAAUGAAAUUUGAUAUUAUCAGUCGCCAGGAAACACUCACUAAGGACACACAGUUUGUUUUAGAACAACUUAAAUUAUCCGACAACAAGAAAACAGAUCUUCAAAAUUCUUUGAAAAAGGGAAUUAAAAACACACUUUAUGCUUUAGUGUCCUCGUAUUUAUCAGAUUACAAGACGUACAGCGUUGACUGUCCAAAUAAAGUUAGUCAUUUUGAAAAAGUCUGGAAAACUCUGCAGGUGCAAGGGUAUGUGAGCACGAAAGUAGCGUAUCCUAAACGUGAAUUUCAAAAGAUGAAAACGUUCAACGCAGAUGCUAUAACGUUAUUAAUCAUCAAAGAGAUGGAAAGGUUUCCGUUAGGAAAAGAGGACAAGGCACUCCAGCGACGGUCUGCCGUGUCAAUAGCAUACGCGGAUGUUGGGCAGGAAACCAUUGCAAAAAUUCAGAAAGUUUACAAAAUGGAUUUUCUUAUGUUUGGUUAUGAAAUGACACCUCCGAACCUACGACCUGGUGCUAUCACAUUGUAAAGUGUAAAUUCUAUGGAGGCCCUAGGUAAAUGUGUAUGGGGACAGUUGUAUAAUUGUGAUUCAUGUUGUUGACUUUUUAUGAAAUCAUACACAUGACAUAUUGCUCAGAACGUUGAGGUCUAAAUAUUUUGGGAUACAUCAUGGUUUUUUUUGUGAGAAUGCGCUAAGUAGAUUUACCUUUAUCAUGAAUGCAACCAAUUUACUGAUAAAAUAUUUCUUUAUUUCAAAUUAUUUGAACAAACUACAUACUAUUGAUUGAUUCUAUAAUGUAAUGGGCAUAAAUAUUAAUUCAAACUUUUAUUUUGUUACAUGUACAACACAUGUGUUAGAUACAUCUCUACCAAAGCAUUGUUAGCUUGAUGGUAACAUUUUAACGUUUUGGGUUGAUUUUUAUCAACGUUUUGUACGCUUGGUGGCGCAACAGGUUUUUGGGUACAAUUGUAUCAAAGCAUUGUUAGCUUGAUGACAUAUACAUGCAAUAGUAAUAAUCUUGAAUAUAUCAAAUCAUUGUCAACUUGAUGACAUAUGUAUGUCAUAGUAAUUAGUUUUCGACAUUUUCAACGGUCUCCAUGCAAACUUACCUUUGUUGAUAUUUUGCCCUUGUUUAUCGAUUUUCAGUAAAAAAUCCAUUAAUCAAGGUUUACCUGUGGGUCUGUUGUCUUCAAUGCCACGAAUUCAGGAUUGGUAAUACUGAAUGAUUGUGAGAAACAGAGGAUUAAUUCACUGCAUAAAACGGCAAUCAUGUGAUACAAUAUUUACUAUGAAUGACAUUUCAGAAAUGAAUCAAAUUGGGAGCAUUCACAUUAUUUGCAACAUUUUCCGUUUUACGAGACGUCAUGGAUCCAAUAAUAUCAUAUUUUUUGCUCACAUUUAUAGCAUUUUCUGCCCUAUUUCAAGUCACAAUAUUCAAUUUAGACUAAUGUUAUGGAAAGAAAACCCCCUUUUAUGAUGCUAAUUAACGUCCUUAGCUGAUUGAAGGUUUGUUAUUUCUCCGUUAUUAUAUAACAUGAAAAGGAAUAAAGAUAUUUUUCUAACUA